AUGAAAGGCAGUGCUGGCGUUGGAUCCCAUGACUUUUUCGGGAUUAAGAAUCGCCUCUUGAGCCUCCCGUCAGCCCUGGUAUUGCUCUGGGUCUUCGUUCUCUUUUGGGGCGAACGACUGAUCUUUCAGAGAAGUACCACGCCGUGUCUGUGGCAGCAGUGGGAAUCGUGGCCUGCUCAUGCUCAGCCUUAUCAUGUCCUUCUCGUGGCCGACCCUCAACUUGUCGAUCCACAUACCUACCCUGACAGACCAUGGCCUCUGUCCCGCUUGACCGUCCUCUACACCGACCUUUACCUCCGACGAUCCUACCGAUACCUUCAGGAAUCUCUCCGACCCGACGCCACUCUCUUCCUGGGUGAUCUAUUUGACGGAGGUCGAGAAUGGGGAACGGCCGAGUCCUCUUCGCCGGAGCAGCGCUUCAGGAAAUAUGGAUCGGACUUUUGGCUGAAAGAAUAUAUCCGCUUCUCCAACAUUUUCUUGCGGUCUUGGUUGACAGGUACGUCUGCCCGAGUGGCUGAACCCGCCAGUCGUCGCAUAUUGGCCUCGCUUCCAGGCAAUCACGAUCUGGGUUUUGCGGCCGGCAUACAAGGACCUGUGAAGGAGCGGUUUGAUGCAUAUUUUGGGCCACUCAACCGGGUUGACAUUAUCGGCAAUCAUUCGUUUGUUCAUUUGGACACAGUAUCGUUGAGCGCCAUGGAUCAGGUCGACCCCGAGACUGGCAGUUCAGGGGCAGGAGAUGGCAGUGCUGCAGCCACAUCUUCCAGCAAGAUUUGGAAACCUGUUGAAGAAUUUCUCGUGGAAGCGAAAAACACCAGAGCUAAAGCUAUUCAGCAUACAUGUGAGACACUCUUCAGUUGGAACAAUCCCGUUCGAGAGCUGUUCUCCCCCGAAAUAGAGCGAGCCGCUCACCUGGAACAAUCUCACACCAUUCUCAAAUCUCGCCCGCCAAUCAGUUCAUCUCAAUUCCCAACAAUUGUUCUCUCUCACAUCCCUCUUUACCGAUCCGGCUCAACCUCAUGCGGACCGAUGCGUGAACACGGCUCCGCCAUCCCUCUUCAAGCGGGAUACCAAUACCAAAACGUUCUCACACCCUCGAUCUCGCAGGACAUCAUCAAACACCUUACCGCGGAAGAGAUCACGAUGAUCUAUUCUGGGGACGACCACGAUUACUGCGAGAUCGAGCACAACGAAUUCACAGGCCGCAUGAGAGAGAUCACGGUCAAGAGCAUGAGCUGGGCCAUGGGCAUUCGCAUCCCAGGCGUCCAGCUUGUCAGUCUUUGGAACCCGGUCGACAUCCAGAAAGCCAUGUCCGGCGCCUCACUCGCCACGCCACGAGACACCGUUCAGAACCGCCUCUGCCUUCUCCCGGACCAAUUGGGCAUCUUCAUCCGUUACGGCCAGACUCUGGGCUUAACGCUCGUGAUCCUCCUCAUCUACACUCUGAGGUAUAAACCCAAUGCGCCAACCGAGCUGCGUGAGAAAUCCGAACCUCUCCUACCCUUGUCCAUUCGCCAUCGCGAGUCACGCAGCUCACAGUCCUCCUGCAUACAGAACACCGAGCAGCACUCACGUCUUUUCACCCGCAAGAUGGGCAGGUACGGGCAAAUUCCCGCGUCGUCGCGGACGUCGUCACCUUCAAAACCGCCUUAUCCUGACCAGCAUCCCGAACUCUUCGACGAUAGCGACGAUUGGGGCAUGCCCCACGGCACAGCAACACGUGCUCAAUCACCAAAGACACCUCGUAGCCGCGUGGCAUUUUUCGGAAGGACUUUCUGGCGUGUCGCGUGGCCGGUACUGUUGUUCUACUUCUGGCUGAUCUGGACUGGAUGA